CGUCUCUCCGACGCGCACCGCGCAGCGCUUUUCACCGAACAACGUCCCGGCUCUCGCAACUACCGGUCGUCCGAUGUCCGGAGCUCUCGCAGCGACGUGGUCGAGGUGUGGCUGAGCCUCAGCCGAAACCGGGUCCACUGGGUGUUUAUUGACGCACUCAGCACGGAUUCCUAUCCAGUCCGCAAAUACCGCACUUCCUGUUCUGCCAGCAUUUGGUUCGAACCAUGGCGAAGAAGGGAGGAAACCGCGGGCCGGAGCUCGAGGGGCUGCUGGACGCGUCCAUCAUCCGGAUCCCACCCCAUCACUACAUCCACGUACUGGACCAGAACACCAACAUCGCCCGGGUGGAGAUCGGACCGCUCACCUACAUCCGCCAGGACAAUGAAAGAGUGCUCUUUCCUCCGGUCCGUAUGAUCAUGGUGCCGCCUCGUCACUACUGCUUGAUCUUCAACCCCGUGUCCCGCGACGACAACGGCCAGGUCCUCUUUGACGAAUCCGGUCAGGCCAAGCUCCGCCACGCCGACCUGGAGAUCCGCCUGACCCGGGACCCGUUCCCCCUGUACCCCGGAGAGGAGAUCCAGCAGGACGUGACCCCGCUCCAGAUCGUGUAUCCGGACACGGCGCUGCGUCUGCAGGCUCUGCUGGACUUUGACGAGGGGGAGGGAGGAGAGAAGAGAGUUGCCGGAGACGAGUGGCUGUUCGAGGGACCAGGGACCUACAUCCCGAGGAAGGAGGUGGCAGUGCUGGAGACCAUCAAGGCCACCGUGAUCCGAGAGAACCAGGCCAUCAGACUGAGAGCUCGCAAGGAGGGGGUGGACAGAGGAGGGGUCCGCAGGGUCACAGGUGAGGAGUGGCUGGUCAGUAAGGUGGGCGCGUACCUGCCAGGUGCCCAUGAAGAAGUCAUUGACAUUGUGAACGCUUUCAUCCUGACUGACAAGAAAGCGCUGCACGUUCGCGCCCUGCGUCCCUUCAAAGACGCCGGCGGUCGGGACCGGCGUACGGGGGAGGAGUGGCUGGUCACCCUGGCCGACAGGGAGGCUCACAUCCCCUCCGUGGCGGAGGAGGUGGUGGGGGUGGUGGACGUGACCACUCUGAGCAGCAGGCAGUACUGUGUGAUCCUGGACCCGGUCGGACCCGACGGGAAGCCUCAGCUGGGCCAGAAGAGGGUGGUGAAGGGGGAGCGCUCGUUUUUCCUCCAGCCAGGGGAGUGCCUUGAACAGGGCACCCAGGACGUGUACGUGCUGUCGGAGGAGGAGGGUCUGGUGCUGAGGGCCGUGGAGGCUUUCAACGACACCGAGGAGCAGGUGGCGGAGGAGGAGGAAGAGGAGGAGGCCGAGGAGGAGGAGCUGAUGCAGGAGAGGGCCAAGCGCUCCCGGAGGAGCGGCGUCCUGCGUCGCCCCGGAGACCGCUGGAUGCUGCGGGGCCCCGUCGAGUACGUCCCCCCCGCUGCUGUGGAGGUGGUGCUGAGACGACAGGCCAUCCCGCUGGACGAGAACGAGGGAAUCUACGUCCGGGACAUCAAAACUGGAAAGGUGCGUGCGGUGAUCGGUCACACCUACAUGCUGACUCAGGAUGAGGAGCUGUGGCAGAAGGAGCUUCCUCCCAACGUGGAGGCCCUGCUGGCUUCUCCUCUCGACCCGCUGGCCAACCGCUCGGACCGGACCAUGACCGGAGACUGCCAGGUCAGGGACAAGACCCGGGUCGUCUCCUACAGGGUUCCGCACAAUGCCGCCGUCCAGGUGUACGACUACAGAGAGAAGAAAGCCAGGGUGGUGUUUGGUCCAGAGAUGGUGAUGCUGGGACCUGACGAGCAGUUCACCGUGCUGUCGCUGUCCGGAGACAAACCGAAGAGGGCCAACGUCAUCAAGGCCGUCUGCCUCCUGCUGGGACCCGACUUCUUCACGGACAUCAUCACCAUCGAGACGGCCGACCACGCCCGGCUGCAGCUGCAGCUGUCCUACAACUGGCACUUCGACAUAAAGUCUCCAGCAAACUCUGCCGACGCAGCCGCUCUGUUUUCAGUCCCUGACUUCGUGGGAGACGCCUGUAAAGCCGUCGCCUCCCGGGUCAGAGGAGCCGUCGCCUCCGUGCAGUUUGACGAUUUCCACAAGAACUCGAACCGGAUCAUCUGCUCGGCCGUGUUUGGCUUCGACGAUAAGCUGGCGGUUCGUCCCAGUCUCUGCUUCAGCCAGAACAACCUGGUGAUCAGCAGCGUGGACAUCCAGUCCGUGGAGCCCGUCGACCAGAGGACGCGAGACGCCCUGCAGAAGAGCGUCCAGCUCGCCAUCGAGAUCACCACCAACUCCCAGGAGGCUGCUGCACGGCACGAGGCAGAGCGUCUGGAGCAGGAGGCCCGGGGGAAGCUGGAGAGGCAGAGGAUCACCGACCAGGCCCAGGCUGAGAGAGCCCGGAAGGAGCUGCUGGAGCUGGAGGCUCUCAGCGCUGCAGUGGAGAGCACAGGAGCAGCGAAGGCCGAGGCUCAGUCUCGGGCGGAGGCGGCUCGUAUCCAGGGGGAGGCGGCUGUCAACGAGGCCAAACUGAAGGCUGAGGCUCAGAGGAUCGAGGCGGAGGCGGAGCUGCAGCGGCUGGCGAAGGCUCGUGAGCAGGAGCUGAGCUACAAGAAGGAGAUGGACCGUCUGGAGGUGGAGAAGCAGGAGCGCCUGGCUCAGAUCGAGAGUCAGCGGUUCCGGGAGCUGGUGGGGAGUCUGGGCUGCGACACGCUGACGGAGAUAGCCAGAGCCGGGCCCGAGCUGCAGGUCAAGAUGCUGCAGGCUCUGGGGCUGAAGUCCACCCUCAUCACGGACGGAUCGUCGCCCAUCAACCUCUUCACCACAGCCAACGGCCUGCUGGGGGCGCUGCCGGGACAGGGCCGGGGCCAGUGAGGAAGAGGAUGGAGAGGAACCAGAGAGGAAGGGGUCCAAGGGUAAACCUCAUUGCACUAGUGUGAUGUGAGUGUGUCUCAUGGCCGAUAUUAAAGCAAGAUUUCCUGCAGGUCACUGUAAAGGUUUUAAAGCUCUAGAAUAAAACCCGGCAAUGCAUCUCUAAAAUCAACAAUUUUCAAGCCAAGAUUUGCACAAACCGACAACUCCGCAUGUUCCCAAACAGCCUCAAGACACAUCGAGAAACCCAACAGGGAUGAUGUGCAGCGUCUUAACCGCUUUACAGUUUGUCCGUUAACAGCGAUGCUGAUUAUUCAACCAUUUACUGCACAACUUUGCUGGUACCAGAACUUCCCCCGGGUGACAGACUGUCUCCGUGGUGGAUCAAUAAACAUGUGGAGAGAGAGGAAUUAUCUCGAAGGGUCCUGGAAGCAAAAGUCCUGUUCAUUUUCCCCCGGACAGUGUUAGAUAAAGGUCAAUAAGAAUAAUAAUGUGAUUAGAAUAGAAUCUGCGCAUAAAUCAUAUCAACGGCGUGAACACGUGAACACAGAUUCACGGCAGAAAACUUUGGACAGGUUGACGCUGUCUCCCAGUCGGGGGUCCGGAUCAGUCCAACAGGUUUGGCUCAUUGACCCGUUCCCCUGUUCAUACUGGCCCUGAGGGAUCAGUGAUGGGGGACAAAACCCUCAGUCCCCGUUUUGUGUGAAAAAAGAACUCAGAGGUUUGUCCAAAGCCAACAUGAGGCUUCAGGCGUCUGAGUUGGUCAAAUCAAGUGGACGUCUUCCAGAGUUCCAGACUUUUCAGUGUCAAAUUCUCCUUGUGUCCCCGUUGGGCUGCGUUGAUUGGUCUUAACCGCUUGAUCAAAUUAAUUUGGACGGAUGAAGCCUCAUAUCAGCUUCAGAUUAAACUCUGGAUUUAGGAUUUUGACCCCACAUUAUGAAGGCAUCUUUUAAUGGUCAGUAUGACCAGGAGACAUGGUCUCAGCAAGAAAACUGAAAAAAUGUGAACCUGUCAACCAAAUCUUUUCCUCACUUACUAAUAUUUUCUACACAUUGACAGACUUUUCCACAGGUUUACACCGGCUGACGUUAGACCACAGACUCUAAAACUGUGUCGAGUCACAAACUCAGAAUCUUAUUGACCCUUAUUUAAUCCCGUGAAGUUCUUCAGGUCUCUGAGGGACAUGAAACUCUCCUGGUUCAAACAUCAGGACAAAGGUUGAACAACUGUGUCAGAAAACAUCUGGUUCUCUGAUUUUAAAAAAAGCCUGUGGACAUAAGAACUGAAGGAGAGAAGUCAACUACAACUCCCAGGGUGCAUUUCGCUAACAACUGUCCAAUCAAAGCUUCGGAUUCUGUGGCUAGAGCUAAUAAUUAUGCAUACUAGAGCCUGCAGCUUAAAUCAGUCUGGGACAUUGUCCAGAGCAGAGGUUUUGGAUUCUGGAUCCGUUUUCGGAUCCGCUUGGCAACUAUGGCACCGCGUUUUGUUCCCAUACUCAACGCUACCGCUCUGAUUCGGAACCAGAUGUUUUCUCACACAGUUGUUCAUCCUUUCUUACUCCAGCUGUGAGUCACACGACACUAAGAACAUGAACGAGACUUUUAAUGCAGGAACCAGAGUCCAGAAUCAGCAACGCUGUGACGACAAACUGACAAAAUCAGUCAAAAAACUGAAAAACUGAACCUUCUGUUUUCUUUGAUUAAUAAACUGUAAAGGUUUUCACUGACCUCCAGUGGUUGAAGUGAAGCUGUAGGAGAGAACUCACCUGUAAUCGCACCUACAUCAGUUCUAGGUGUGAUUCCAGGAGAACCUGAAGGGCGAACCCCUCAACCUGAAGGGCUCAGAACAGAGUUUACCGGCCUGAAGUUCACAGGUUUACUGUUGGACAGGGGACCAGAAAUGAAGACAUGUCUCAAGUGAAGGAAUUGUGCCUACAAACGUCCCAGUUUGUUUAGUCGUGUAACCUGACAGCCAAAGAACCGUUUCUGCUUUGCACUAUGUCCACUAGAAAUAGAAAUAGAAAUGCAGUUGAUUUUCAUGUUUACAUAGUGGAUAUUAAACCUACCUGUUUCUGUGGUGAUAAAAUAAAGACAGACCGUCUGUCGUCCUCUGCCUUACAAAGUGCUGUUGUUUCUUCUGGAAAAAAAAACAGUUUGAACCCAUUAAAGUGCUGCUUC